AUGGCCAACCCGGAAUCGCACGCUGCGGCUGAGCGCACCAUGCCCUCGCAUGCGACACAGCACCAUGCGCCGUCUCUGCCCAGCGACCUCAAGCGCAAACGCAGUCCUUCUCAUGAGAUGCACCUGGCUUCGCCCGCGCCCGUCCCCAAAGCCGCUAAGACCCACAACCACCUCCAGAUCAACUACCUCGCCAGACACCUCGAAAAGGACCUGCCGCUGAUUACCAACGAUGACACCCUGCCCAACAUACUCUCCGUCCUCAGCGACUACCAGGGCGUGCUGGACCGCCACGAGAGCAUGGCCUGCAACCUGGGCGCAAGACCGCUGGGACCCAUCUUGAUCAAGCGAUUCGAAAGGCUGUUCGACGGCCCCCCACGAGUACUCAAGAGCCAUGGAAAAGACGGGACGACGGUGACCUGGCUGGACGUGGUCGAGUUUGCGCGCAACAAGCCGGAGCAGUUCCAGCUGGACCAGAUGAGCGAAGGGGUACGCGUCUGCCAGUUCUACACCAAGCAGUGUCGAGUCCAGAUCUCAGAGGAGGACUUCGUAUUGAUAUCAUCGGGCAUUCCGCAGAAGAUGAUUCCUCCGCAACCCAUCAUAGAAGAUGAGGAGAAGGAGCUGGGCACCAUGGAGAUUCUAGAGAAGAACUUGAGCCAGAUAUGCUCACUGGCCGAUCAGGUCGCUGCUCGCACUCGGCAGCUCAAUCACAGGCUUAAGGGUCGCAAGCAGGCCAUCCUCGAUCGAAGAGCAACCGCAAGUCCCGCUCCUCCCAUUCCUCGCCCUACUAGCCCCUCCAACGUCGCACUCAUGAAUGGCGGCAGCUCGAGCGCCCCGAACUUGGGAUACAGCCAGAGACACGCUCAAGCUCAUACCCAAGCCUCGCAGACAUCACCAGGUGGUAGUGGUGGCUUCGUCGCAGUCAAUGCGCGUCAGCAUCAUGAAGCCAAUGGUCACGGGCACGGCCACAGUCAUAGCCGCGGCCACGGUACUUCGUCGUCCACCCGUCAUGAACUCCUAGCCAAGUUUCAUACAACAAAUGGUCGGAGUUCAUCCUCGCAGCCACCAAAUAGCACCGCCGAUGCACGGAGACCGUCCAUGGGCAGCCAUGCAGUCUCUCACCCAUCUACUCCUGCAACAAUUCCAACUAGGGCUGUCCCGAAGCCCGCCGAUGGCCCUCAGGCUCCGCUGCAACAUAUUACAAGGCCACCUCAACCCCUCAAUGAGUCUGAGCUGCACUCCAUGAUGAACUCGCCUGUACCGAUACCCAACACUCCCUCCAAUCUCCUUCCCGCCUCGAGUCAACGCGCCAGUCAACAACCAGAGAAGGAUGACGGAGGCCCUUUCAAGGUUGAAAUGGUACACAGGAUGGAAGGUCUAGCCAAGGGUGAACGCAUAAUUCCACCGUGUGAUCGCUGUCGGAGGUUACACAUGGAUUGCCUGAAGAACCUCACGGCAUGUGUGGGGUGCACGAAGAAGCAUGCAAAGUGCUCAUGGAAAGAAGUCAAAGAGGGUGAGUUACGCGGUGGAUAUACCUACCCGCCCGGUACUACCAGCAAUGGUCAGAGUGAGACUAGCGACCAUGAAAGUGGUGAUCGCGCAAGUACGGGAAGUCCUGCUGCGAUGAUGAGUCCUUCACAUCAUGUGCCAACACCAUCGCAUAUCUCACACAGCAACGGCCAGCACACACCUCAGCAUCAGCAAGCCCACCACCAACCUUCAGAUCAACAUACACAGCCACCCCCACCACAGCGCGAUGGCUCACACGAUGCACGGGUACCAUCGGGCCGUAACACCCCACAUGAGCGGGAGCGGGAACGAAACGUCGAAACCCAGCUCCAAGAAGCUGCACAAUCUAGCCUUGCACAUGCGAACGCUCGACUGGGUGGGUCCGAAGGCAAAGGACCUGACUACCCCAAUCAGACCAUGGUUGCUUGA